AUGGCAGAAGGGGACAACUUGUCCAGGAAGAUGUUGAGAGAGAUGGCAUGGAAACUUCUGAAUGUGGUGGAGAUUACCCAACUAGCUAAAACUGAGCAGGAAAUCCACAUAGUGGUUAAGGUACGUGCUUCUAACACUCACUGGGUCCUUUCCUCUAUUUAUGCUAGCCCUAGAUUAGCUGAAAGAAAAUUAUUAUGGAAUAAUUUGUUUGUUGUUGCUCCCCUCUAUAGCUUGCCUUGGCUCAUGCUGGGGGAUUUUAAUGAAUUGUUGUCCUGUCAAGAUAAACUUGGAGGCAACCCCUUAAUCCCUAGCCGUGUGUUGUCUUUCAAGGAGUGUUUGGACUCUUGUGGUAUGGUUGAUAUUGGAUUUCAUGGACCCAGAUUCACUUGGGUUAAUAAAAGGGAAGCGGGCCACUAUAUCCAGGAGAGAUUGAAUAGAGGCUUUGCUAACAUUGAUUGGCGAGAAAUUUACCCUGAGGCUGCUGUCCACCAUUUGGCCUGCAUUCAUUCUGACCAUUGUCCUGUUCUGCUAUCUUUGGAUAAUUCCCCAACCUCUAAGUUCCACAGGCCCUUUUGUUUCCAAUCGGUCUGGAUGUCUCAUCCUCUUUUCCCUAAGGUGGUUGACGACUCUUGGGUUAUUGAUAGGGCUUUCAAAGCCAAUGUUGAUAGUUUUACUAACAAUGUGAAGGUUUGGAAUAAGGAGAUUUUUGGUAAUAUUUUCCACAGGAAGCAUAGAGUGGAGGCCCGGCUUAGGGGCAUUCAGAAUAAUAUUGCAAAUGGCCCCAAUGAUUUUUUGUUAAAUUUGGAAAACCAACUUCGGAAGGAGUAUUUUGAGAUCCUAGCCCAAGAGGAAGAAUUCUGGUCAGUAAAGUCUCGGUAUAACGGGUUAAUUUAA